GAAGCAUGGGCGAGAAUAUGUCCUCCAGCAGGCUUGCGGCCAUCGACUCCUGCAAAGAGAGCGCUGGCGCCAGGGUCUGACAUGACUUGGUUUGUCUGCCGAAAGGUUGAAUUCUUCCGCCAUCUGAGUGGCUCUUCGAAGAAAGGUACCAAGGACUUGCUGGCGUUCGGAAAGCUCACCACGGCCCACGAAGUCGGUGCGAUAGAGAGCCAUGACACUGUCAAUGAUAAGGAGACGGUACUCGUUGGUGGCGAAGUUGGCGGCAAGACCUUCCAACAAUUCGGAUUGCAUCUGUUUCUGUCAAAAGCUGAACUGGCCACAAGUGUAAGGUGCAAUUUACCUCACUGUUUUGGGCACGGGCAUAGGAGAUAUUCUCGCAAGCUUGAUCAGGGUCGACUAGAGUACUCAGCAACAACUAGUCAAAAUAUCUUUCGGGUAGCUUACCACCAAACCGCUCUGCAAUCUCUUGGAUUCUCUCAGGACGGAAUGUUCCCUCGGUGUCUAUUCCAAGGUCAGCAAUGGUCCUUCGAUAAAGGUGGACGACUAACCAAUAUAUGCAACUUUGCCUUCUGCUCCACCCAUGUCCUGGAUGCUGUCAAUAUGCAGUGGGAUUGACAAAUAGCUGGAAUAACUUUACCUUGGGAAGCUGUGCAAUGACAGCCAUAGUGUGUGCAAGUUGGGUUUUGCCGCAUCCUGCAAUUGUUA